CCGUCGAAUUAUACACAACCCAACGGAAUAAAUGCGGGAUUUGUAUAACUUUAUAAAAUCUUAAAGUCUUAUCGCAGGGCGCGAUGUGUACACUCAAACUCACAUAUACCAAAGUUUCUGAGGCUGGUUUUCAAUAUUUUUGGAACUAAGUGUAUAGUAUAUUGUAUCAACUAAACAUUUUGUGAAAUAAUAAAGUUAAUUAAUUAAUUUAAAUUAAAUUUGGAUAUUCCAGCAUUCUUUGAAUUAUGCGUUAAAUAGCUUAACGCAGAAGGUAUUCUAUUAACUUUGUUCGUCGAUGCUUGAGCGAGAAUGGCCUCAGAAAACAUUUAUGAAGCAAACAGAGGUACUGAUGAAGAAAGCAAGUACGCUUCGAGUACCGAUAGCAAAUGCAUGAAUUAUGGUUUGAAAUCGAAACUAAUUGCACCAUAUUCACCUAUAUACGAAAAUGUAAGACCCGAUUUGAUUUCCGGACAAAAGAUAUUAUUAAGAAAACUAUUUCAAACUAUCGAGAAACCGGAUACCAUAUACGAAAAUCUGUGUCGAGGCUGCGGAUAUGGAGUUUUUGAAGCGAGUAGUUAUUUGUGUAACUUUUGUUCAUGCAUUGUUGGAGGGCUGAAAAAUAAUCAGUUACAUCAUUUGACAGAAGUCAACCAAGUCUAUGUUAAUACCGGCGAGAAUAUUUAUGAAAAUGUUUGCACGAAAUGCUCUGCUUUAUAUAAUACUGAUGAAUGUGAGACUUGUUCCGCCGGAGAGAGCAUAAUAACCCCAAAUGUUUACGAACAAAAAAAAAAGGCAAAUGAAAAUUUAAAAGAUACCAAUAUUGCCUUAAAAAUAUCAAAAUCGAAAUCUUUUCAUAAGUUUGAUAAGCAAAAACUUUUUAAUGGUCUUUUCGGAUCGCUUAAGAGAGGUGUAAAAACCAAACAAAGUUUUCCAGACGGUCAAAGGCAGGGAAGUAAGAAACCAAGGCAACUUGAUAUAGUCCAUCACGUUGAAGGAUACGAUAACAUUUUUCGUACAAAGGAAAGUUUCGAUUUACAAAAGAUAUGCCAACUGAAACAAGCUCAUAAACUUUGCUCAGAUAUUUCGUAUAGCGACGAACAUAUUUAUGGGCGGCUUAAGUAUAGCAAAAACAAAGCCAACAACAUCACUAACGUAGACAAAUUGCAUAUGCCGUUGUCAAAAUCCCAAGAACUAUUACCGGUAUCUGGCAAUGAUUCCAUGUACUUGAUAAACAACACCGGCAACCAAUCAACGUCGUCAAUUCCAAAAGCAUUCAGCUCUUCCUGGAUGAAAUUACAGAUUUCUAGACCCCUGCGCAUUCAAGAUAACCUCUCUAUUACCCCGAGCAAUAUAAAGCUGGCGUUGCCAUUGUCGAACAGUGUUUGCUAUUGGAUGAAAUUAUUACGUAAGCAAAUCCAUAGUUAUGACAGUCAUACUAGUGCGGACUAUGCUUCGUGCAUUCCGAAAAGUAUUCCUCCAAAAAGCGCUAUAAUGUAUAAUUAUUACGCCGCUAGUUCAAGCAUCAACGAUUGCUAUGUGAAGGUGUUUCCCCCUUGUUUAGCAGAAACGAUGACUAAUUUUCCAGUCACUGAUAAAAAAGGCGAACUCAAAUAUGGAACGUUUACGAAUAAAGUAAAACUACAAACUGAUUCCAGUAGCUAUAUUUUUGGCGAGCAAAUGGAAAGCUGUUUUGAUGUAAUGGUGGACGUAUUUAAGCAAAAUGUUAUGACAAAACACAUGCUCUAUCAACAGAGAGAGUCUCAACCAUCUGUUGAUCAUUCCAAUAUGCUCAGCGCAAUCGCCACACCAAAUCAUCUAAUACGAUCAGUACCGCAACGAGCAAAAAAACAAAAAAUGUGUAUUCACAACGAAAACAAUGCUGCUUUUGAUCGCCCUGCUGAGCGCAGUCCGAUUUCAGUAAUGAAUUCUCCUCAAGUACUCUCAACAGUUGCCGCUGAAAUAUACUUAGCUAGUUGUUGCUCAACCUGCAAUGCGACCGAAGUGAAGAAUAAUUGUUGCGGCUGUUUGAAUGUGGUCGAUGACGUUCCUCGAUUAUACGACUCCGAAUUCCAGUCCCAAACGGUGGCUUCGAUUGGAAAAUAUGAAAAUAAAACAACCAAAACGCUACUAAAAACAGAAACGAUUGACGCGUAUAACAGUGCUGUGGGAUGUGAGGCUCACGAAGAGCAUGUGAGGCAAAUUUAUACUUCGAGUAAUACCAAUGUGGACGACAUUUUAGAAAAAAUAUUGCACAUGCAAAAUAAAGCUUGCUUAAAGCUUAAUUUACUGCAUUUAUUAAACAGUGUGUUGAUAUCUUAUAGCCUUAACACCAAAGUGUUACAUGCGUGCUCCAAUCGAUGUCAGUACUUUAGUUGGUUACAAGAUUGGUUACUUUAUUAUUAUAACCCAUGGAGCUUGAACGCCAAUCGUGCUUUGAAAGUGCUUGCUAAUUAUAACAGCCUUAAUAUAGCGUUUAAAUUAUGGUAUACACUGUAUGAGUCAGUAGCGCGACAAAAAAACAUGUUGAAAGAUGAUAAACAAGAGGCGAGUGAUUGUAUUGGUGAAGCUCCGACUAGCACACCAAAUGCACAAGUUAUUAAAUAUAGUCGUAUGACAUUGCAGUGCGAACCAGAAAACGUCGAUGUUUUUGAUGAGAAAGAGAGUGAAAAAUUUAUUGUGAGAAAAAGUGAGGGUAUAAAAAGCUCAAUGAAAACCAACGAUGAAGUAGUUUUGCGUGCAAAGAGCAAAGAAUCUUUGGAAAGAAAUAAAAAAGCUCAAGGGAAGUUUUUGGAUCUCGACACUCACGUAGUUGGAUUAAUUGACAACGAAUCAAAGCCAAAUUAUGAUAAGAAUUUAGAAGGUGAUUUGGAAACAUUAGACGGGGAACUUAGUCACACGACUGCUCCGCAUGGGGCUCUUGUAUCCAAAGGCAAACAACCCAUAAAUACCAGAAACGAGUAUUGCCAUCAACGAAGUGAGGAAGAUAUUUAUCAACCCAUUUGGAAGUUCCAGACUGUUGGAGAACCUCAUGAGCCCUAUGACAGCGAUUCUGAAUAUUACGAUGCGAACAGCGGGCAUACAAGCUUGUUGAAAAACGAGCAAUUUCAAUUAAAUGACUCGUCAACAUCACACAUACUAACUGUUGGAGAACCUCAUGAGCCCUAUGACAGCGAUUCUGAAUAUUACGAUGCGAACAGCGGCCAUACAAGCUUGUUGAAAAACGAGCAAUUUCAAUUAAAUGACUCGUCAACAUCACACAUACUUAUUGCUGACAGUGUGGAAGAUCAUGGCGAGUGGGAGACAGAUGACGAAUUCAAGUUCUCAAAAAUUAACGACGGAUUUUACCUGGCUGAAGACACAAUAUCGUCACAAACAUCAUGCAGUGCUGCCUCCCUGUGUAGCAGCACAAAUACAAAUUUUGAUAGCAAUGUUGCAAAUCUCUCUGCCUCAGCGACCGUUAAUUUGGAACAUCCUCAUCUGCGUACAGUGUGCAUUUUUUUCAGCCCAAGUGAGCCCAAACUUCGUGCUAUCGUUUAUGACUAUAAACGUACUCAAGCAUCACAAUNCUCACACAUACUUAUUGCUGACAGUGUGGAAGAUCAUGGCGAGUGGGAGACAGAUGACGAAUUCAAGUUCUCAAAAAUUAACGACGGAUUUUACCUGGCUGAAGACACAAUAUCGUCACAAACAUCAUGCAGUGCUGCAUCUCUGUGUAGCAGCACAAAUACAAAUUUUGAUAGCAAUGUUGCAAAUCUCUCUGCCUCAGCGACCGUUAAUUUGGAGCAUCCUCAUCUGCGUACAGUGUGCAUUUUUUUCAGCCCAAGUGAGCCCAAACUUCGUGCUAUCGUUUAUGACUAUAAACGUACUCAAGCAUCACAAUACUUUUCAAAACGCUCACAAAAACAUUCAUUCAGUGAGAAAACGAGCAAUUUUUCAUCAAUAAAUCAUGCUGUGGACAUUCCGUCAACACAAUCAAAAGGUUCAACCAGCCCAUCAGCAACCACGGCAAAACCUGCGUGUGAUAGAGCACUAUCAACAUUUAACAUGACAUCGGUGAAGGCGUGGAAACUCAGCCUUUUAAAUACUGCCAACGCAGACGAUGAAGAAGAUUUGGUAAGUAAGGGUAUGUAUGGCAUUAUCCUAAAUUUAGGGCGUUUCUCAACUCAACUAAAUGCAUACAUAUAUGAAGCAAAGCAACGCUAGUUGAGUUCUGUUUUUUAAAAUAACUUACACAAUUUCUUGUUACAUAAACUUAGGGACACGAAUUUCGAUGCGACACGAUGCCUAAUCGCUGCUUAUCCCAUUCGGUACCGAUAUUUUUUACUCGGUUAGUUUUAAAACGAUAUUUUUUGGAAUCGAAUACAAGACGAACACCAG